AUGUUGAUAUUAGUAGAAACAGCAGCUGGAUAUGGUUUGUUUAAAGUUGAGAAUAGCAAAUUAAUAGAAUCAGAUGCAAGCGAUAUUGCAAAAUAUUUUGAAACUGCAGAAGAAGGAAAAAAAAAUGUAUCUUUAUACAGCUUUAAAAAAUUUAAAAAGUUUCAAACUGCUUUUGAUGAUAUUAAUAAAUUAACUGAAUCCAAAUUAGGAAAGGUUUUAAAAAAGUUUAUAAAAAAAAAUAUUGUUAAGCCAAAAUUAGAUGAGACAUUAGCUAUUUGUGAUAAAACAUUAGGAGGAUUGAUAAAAAAAAAAUAUGAUAUAAAUGUAACAUAUACAAAUUCAACACAAGAAAUAAUAAGAGGUAUAAAAACGCAUUUGUAUAGCUUUUUAGUAGGUGUACAAGAGGAAGAUUCAAAAUUAUUAAAAUUAAGUUUAUCACAUUCGUUAAAUCGAUUUAAAUUAAAAUUUAGUGCUGAUAAAGUUGAUUUGAUGAUAAUUCAAGCUGUAGGAUUAUUAGAAGAUUUAGAUAAAGAGAUAAAUGUUUUUUCAAUGCGUUUAAAAGAAUGGUAUGGUUGGCAUUUUCCUGAAUUAGGUAAAGUUGUAAGUGAUAAUAAAAUAUAUGCAAAAUGCGUUAAAAUAAUAGGAUUUCGAAAUAAUGCUAAAAAUGUAAACUUAUUAGAAGAAACUACUGAAGAAAUCCAAAAAGAAAUAAAACAACUAGCUGAAAUAUCUAUGGGUACAGAAAUAGAAGAAGAUGAUCUAAAUUGCAUCAAUGAAUUAGCAGAUAGAUUAUUAGAAUUAACAGAUUAUAGAGAAUCGUUAGCUACAUAUCUUAAAUUUCGAAUGCAUUCAAUAGCUCCUAAUUUAACUUAUUUAGUUGGGGAUUUAAUAGGAGCAAAAUUAAUUGCAAGAGCAGGUUCUUUAAUAUCUUUAGCUAAACAUCCAAGUUCAACUUUACAAAUUUUAGGUUCGGAAAAGGCUUUAUUUAGAGCAUUAAAAACUAAAUCAAAAACACCAAAAUAUGGAUUAAUUUAUCAUGCAACAUUAGUAGGACAAUCUUCAGCAAAAGCUAAAGGACGUAUAAGUAGAUCCUUAGCAGCAAAACUUUCAUUGUGCUCUAGAGUUGACGCCCUCGGCAAUUUUACUGAGCCUUCAAUUGGUAUAACUUGUAAAACAUACUUAGAAAAAAGAUUAGAGCAUAUUACUACCAGUUUGCAAAAUAAGUUAAAUAAUACAAAUAAUUCAAAAGGACAAACAAAUAUGCAGCAAGGAAAAUAUAAUCCUAACCAAUCCAACUCUAUGCAAAAUAACAAAAAUAAUAAUUCCUUUAACAAAAAGAGAGACUUUUUUUUUAAACGAGAAGCUGACAAAAAUAACAAAAAGUUUAUUAAAAAGCAAAAGAGAAAGUAA